AUGCACCCAUUUUUUUCUGGUCUCCAUUUGCACCUUACUCUGCUUAGUCUUUUCUUUGGCAAUUCAUAAAUUAGUGAGGGUGUUAGUGAACUUUCCCUCUCAAUGCUUCAUGCAAUUGGCUUAAACUGAUCACCUGACAAGGCUCUGCCAACAGCAUUCCUUCCUUUGCCCUUAGUUUGACCUUCAAAACACCUGACCUUGUAACAUGAUCACAACUUAAGUGUGUCACAGAGUAACUCCAGAAGACAAGCCAAGCACCUUGAACUUAAAGCUCCCCCUUCCAAAGCAGCAGCAUGUCUAUCUUCAAGCUGAUCGUCACAGUGAUCCACGACUACACUAACUUCACUACAGUCUUGCUGGCUGUGUUUGUGUUUUUGUUGAUCAACAAGUUGUUUAUGAGGUCCAGUAACCUGCCGCCCGGACCCCGCCCAUGGCCUCUCGUCGGAAACCUGUUUAUCCUGAGUCAGGAUGCUGCACAAAUACAGUUUACUGAGUGGACAAGGCAGUACGGCAAUGUCUUCACUAUCUACUACGGACCCAAGCCAGUGGUGGUUCUCAAUGGGUACAACACCAUCCAAGAGGCCCUCAUCAACAAGGGGGACGACUUUUCAGAUCGACCGGGUCUUAAUAAAUCUCUAGGUGUUGCGUUUGCCCCGUACGGUCCAAUCUGGAAAGAACAGAGGAAGUUCACCAUGAUGGGCCUUCGGGACUUCGGUUUUGGGAAGAGGAGUUUGGAGGGCAGAAUCCUGGAGGAGGCUGAAGCUCUCAGGAGGGAGAUCAUAAAGACUGAUGGUAAACCCUUCAACAUCUUCCCCUUGUUGAGGAAGGCCAUAACCAAUGUCAUCUGCUCUAUCGUGUUCGGUGCGCGGCAUGAAUACGAAGACGCCGCCUUUGGAACUUUCCUAGAGGACGUUGACAUCAGGUUUCGAACCUCGACCGUCAUCAAUCGAGUUUACCGGGUACUACGCCGCGUCCCCAUACUCGGGCGAUCUUCGCAAAGAUUACACCAGGCAACGGAAAGGAUGCGACAGUUUGUAAAAACUAAAGUUGACAAACAUCACAGAGACUUUGAUUCUGACGACAUUCGGGACUUUGUAGAUGUCUACAUAAAAGAGAUGAGGAAAGGACAAAAUGAGAACUUUACGGACCCACAACUUGUGCAUUUGGUUAUUGACCUGAUUAUGGCUGGAACAGACACCACAUCCCAGAGUCUGUAUUGGAUUCUCCUCUACAUGAUAGUCUAUCCUGGGACACAACAACAAGCCCAGGACGAAAUCUACCGUACGUUUGGAGAUAGCGCUUUGCCCACGACGGCAAAACAUAAGGAGGUUCCGUUUACAGAGGCGGUCAUUGCGGAGGUACAGCGAAUCAACAGCGUAGCUCCGCUGACUAUCCCUCGCUGUACGUCAAACGAUACCGUGAUGUACGGAUACGACAUUCCGAGAGGCACCAUGGUGCAUGUGAACCUGUGGUCAGUAUUGAGGGACCCCAGCCUCUGGGAAGAACCAGACCAGUUCAAACCAGAACGUUUCCUGGACAACCAAGGACAGUUCAUGAAGAAAGAUGCCUUCAUACCUUUCUCAAUUGGUCGGCGAUUCUGCCUUGGCACUCAGUUGGCCAAGAUGGAACUGUUCAUGUUCACCACAUAUCUGCUGCAGCACUUCACCUUCAAACUGCCAGAGGGCGCACCUGUACCAUCUACUGUGGGGAAGCUUGGCAUGUCCAAUGGACCCAGGCCUUAUGAGCUGUGUGCCAUUCCAAAGUAGGAUGGGAGAAAGGCCUGUUGACCUUGACCUAGCUAUCAAGCUUUGGACGUCAUCAGUCAUUAUUACAG